AUGGCGGAAGGCAGGAGAUACUGCGGCUGGUCCCGUUUCCGUUGCUGUUUCCUCAUCCUGCUCCUCAUAGCAAUGGUCUUCUUCUACUUCGGCGAUCGGUCAGUAGAGUGGGUCCCAACACUAGACAGGGCCUCAAAAUGGUGGGCAGAAUUCCGUGGUGGUUCACCAAGCAGAUCUGGUUCUACCAACACCAGUAGGGAAGUAGUUUCUCUAAACUCCACUGAUUUUACCAUAGACGCUCAUGAAACUGCAUCUGCCAAUUCAACAGAUCGUCAGACUUCACUUAUCCACUCUACUCAGCAGGCCAUCAAACUCAACACAACACAUAAUGAAACUAGUUCCGUCACGUCUGCACUGACCAUCAUCACUAAUCUGAUCACAGAGGUCAAGGCAGUUCGGUCCACUCCUCCUCCGUAUGUGUCCCCAGGACCGUACCAUGUAGAAUACCCAUCAGAGUACAUCUUCAUCCUGGAUGAGCCAGAGAAAUGCCGGGAGCAGAACCCCUUCCUGGUUCUGAUGGUGCCAGUGGCGCCCUAUAACAGGGACGCUCGUGAGGCCGUCCGCAGUACUUGGGGCAGUGAGAGGCAGGUACUGGGCAAAGAGGUCCGUCUGUUCUUCCUGCUGGGACUGUCCAGUGGAGAGGAGACAGAGCAGCUCCAGGAGAAGGUGCUGCAGGAGAGCAAAGAGCACCAGGAUCUGCUGCAGAGCGACUUCAUAGACAGCUACAAAAACCUGACCAUCAAGACCAUGGUGAUGAUGGAGUGGCUGAGCUCUCGCUGCCCCAAAGCCUCCUACGCCAUGAAGAUCGACUCAGACAUGUUCCUCAACGUGCACACCUUGGUCAACAUGCUGCUUCACGCUCCAAAGCAGAACUACCAGACUGGACUAGUGGCCCAAUGGGGCGCCGUUCUAAGAGACCGUAACUCCAAAUGGUAUCUUCCAAUGGAGGUGUUUCCUGAACCGGUAUAUCCACCUUACGCUCUGGGCCUGGGCUACGUCUUCACCUUAGACCUCCCCAGGAAGCUGGUGGAGGCGUCCAGGCAUGUUAAAGCCGUCUACAUAGAGGAUGUGUAUCUGGGACUGUGUAUGAGACACCUGGGCAUCCGGCCUACUGACCCCCCCAGUGGAAACCUUUUCCAGGUUUUCCCUGUGGCUUAUGACCGCUGCACCUACUCGCGGCUGAUAGCCACCACCACAAACAGUAUCACUCACCAGGUCAAUGCAUGGACAGACUUACACAAACCUGGUCCUCCCUGCUGAUCUCAUACAUUAACAGACUGACUGAUGUGCCAAUCACUUCCUCAUUGUUUGUUCAAACACUAACUAACAAACAAACUAAGAAGGCGACGUCUCCAAGGUGAUGGGGAAAGGAUAUACAACAUUUCUGGAUGAUCUGAAAAUAGCUGUGCAGCAACACUCCCCAUCCAACCUGACAGAGCUUGAGAGGCUCUGCAGA